AUGAUCGUUAAACAAUUGUCUGAACCGUGGUUUUCGCUAAUUUAUUGCGGGAAGAAAACGAUUGAGAUUCGUCUCGAUAAAGGACAUUUUUAUGAACUGAAACCGUAUGAUAAAAUUGAAUUUUUCAAUGAUGAACUCGGCUUCAAUGUCCGUCGAAAGUUUUGCGUUCGAGUUAUAUCCAUCGACCAAUUCGAUACAUUCGAAUCGGCAUUAGAAAAGCAUCUGGCACAUGCUUUACCAACGAUCAAAUCGAUCGAAUUCGGUUGUCAAAUUCUGAAGAAAUCUCUGUCAGUCGAUAAUGCUGCCGACAAGUACGGAAUCUUAGCGAUACAUAUGCAACGAAUCAGCGCUCUCAUGAACGAAUGCCGCGCUUCGACAACUUCAUGUUAA